AGGGGAAUGGAAUUCACCCAUAAUUGGAUUUUAGAGUGUCUGCUUAUGAAGAUGAAAAGCCCAAAGUUAUAUAAAUACAUUAGAAGCAACAAGACCUUGGUUCUACCUAGUGAAGACACCUUGAGGAAAUAUUUAAACUCGUACAAGACCGGGUUCGGAUUUUGCACGAGGCUUCUUAGUGCUCUAAAAAAAAAGACGAGGUCAAUGGACGUCUUUAAGCGACACGGAGGGCUGCUCGUUGAUGAACUGAAACUCUCAGAACACUUGUCUGUCACAUCUGCAGCCACCAUUGAAGGUUUGGUAGAUCUGGGCCAUUUUACACCAAAAAAAGACAAAUCUGAGCCAUGCGACCACGGGAUGGUAAUUAUGUUUGCGCCGUUCACAGGCAAGUGGACACAAGUUCUAGCAGUGUUCGCAACACAUGGAAACAUUAAAGGAGAGCUCCUUGCAAAAAUUCUCGUGGAGGCUGUUUUGCUUACAGAGAUGCAGGUCUUUUCGUGGAUGUUGUAACUUGUGACGGUGCGACAUGGAACCGGGAGAUGUGGAAAGUUCUCGGAAUUGAAGCGACAUCAAUGAACAUUAAGUGCAGAAUGAGGCACCCCAAAGACAGCAGUCGCUACGUUCAUUUCCUUUCCGACUUUCCGCAUCUCAUAAAGUGUCUGCGCAACAACUCGCUCAUCCACGACUUCAACACUCCUGAUGGCCUGGUGUCCCUGGACGCAGUCAAGGAUGUCUGCGCGAUGGACGGAAGCAUCGUGACCCUUCGCGUGAUGCAUGGCAUACGCGAGGCCCACCUCAAUCCGAAACACUUUGAAAAGAUGCGUGUCCCGUACGCCUACCAGCUGUUUGGUCCACAAGUGAUCCGCGGUCUGCGCUUCUACCAGCAAGAUGUGGAUCGAUCAAGAGGGAACUGCAUAGAGGCGACAUUGCGGUUUUUUGAGUAA